CGCCAUUCAAAAAUCUCAGACGUCAACCUUCGCAACAGGGUGUAUAUAAACAUAACCUCAAUUCGCGAACUUAUAUUCUCGAUAGAUGUUUUAGUUUCUAGCGCCGUAGUGUGUCGUUUUGAGUUGAAAAGCGCAAGGGGUGUUGUUCGGAAUGGGGUGGACUUGCUGCGUUAUUGGUUGCAAGAUGACGUCACGAACUAAGGGGUUGUCGUUUUUUUCGUUCCCCAAGAGUCACGAAAAAGAGUGGCUCGAGAUACUCAAGAUGGAAAAUGGGACAAACACGACAUACUUAAGGAUUUGUUCCCUACAUUUUCCGGAGUGUGAAAUGUACAUGGCUGGAAGUAUAAGAAGGCUGCGGAAGUAUGCGAAACCGUCGAUCUUCAAUUCGUGUGAAGAGAUUGUUUUUUGUGAAAAAGAAGAAAUGAAGGAGGAGGAUAUAAAUGAAAUAUAUUUACCUGAAAUGACCACUGAUGACGAUAAUUUUGAAUUGGAAGAAAUAGCAGCUACAGAGAUAGUGGAAGAAAUUAACCCCGAAUUAAGUUAUGACGCGCUUUUACUAGAAAAUCAACAACUGAAGAAAGAUUUAGAACUAAUGAAGAAGAUAAACCAGGCGCUCAUAAAUAAUUGGCACGAAUGCAAUGUUAAAUACAAUUCUGUCCUGCUAGAGAAUGAACAACUAAAGAGCGAGCUAGAAGUACAGAAAGACAAGGGUCAUGGGUUAAGGUUGUUGUUGUAAAGUCAAAAUUAUUUAUUUUAUGUUUAGGAUAAUUAAAUCUAAAAAAAUGA